AGGUACUUGCAACAGAACAAUGAGAUAGAGCUUUCUGCUUUGGGCAUGGCCAUCACAACAGUUGUCACAAUUGCUGAGAUCUUAAAGAACAAUGGAUUUGCGAAAGAGAAGCGAAUCUUGACAUCUACAGUUGGAAUGAAAGAUCAAGACAAGGGACGAGUAGUGAAUAAAGCUAGGAUUGAAAUUGUGCUUGAGAAAUUGGAAAAAUUUGACUCCCUUAUGAGUGCAAGUCAUGCUGCACAAAAAGUAUCUGCUGGUGAGAAAGUUGAAAAUGCCAAUGGAAAAGUUGAUGCAAAGGAGAAAGUUCAAAAGUAG